AAAUUGCUCGGAGACCUUGAGGCUGUGAACUCCGCCCACUCACUAUUUAAACUCACAAUUUCAGCAGCGCUCAGAUUCACACUGAAGAAGAACCUGAUCUUGACCAACACGCCUGAAACCUUGAGAAAACCCUAAAACUUGAUUCAUAGUCAGGGUUUCACCGGCGCGUCUGGACAUCUGAGAGCGCAGCGUCACACUUCAGGAAACCUUCUGACUAGUCUAUCUAUUUAUUUAUUUAUUUAUUUAUUUUGGGGACUGAACUUUCUCUCCACCGAGGGUGUGCAUUUAAAUUUGGACCGGAGAUGCGGUCUGUUCUCCCGCUCACUGUGUAUUGCAUCAGCCUGGUUUCCCUCCAGCGGCUGCUGGCUGCACCGGCGGAGUCACGUUCUGACACCAACAGGUUGGACCUCCUGAGGAAACUCACUCAUCGGCGUGAGGAAAACAUCUUCCCUUCAGGAAGUCAGAUGAACACUGCCACGCCAUCUUUAGCCUCAACCCAGUACCCAAAAUGGUUGCCUGGAUUCAUCAGACACAUGCCAGCUCUUGGUGUAAGAGCAUCUUUACCAGGACUAGCGUGGGCUCAAUCCACUGAUGCUUCUGGGACCAAGGUGAGGAUGCAGAGAAGCCGCCGUCAUACCCACACUGGAACAAGAGUGGGCCACCAUGCCCAGUUGAUGAGAGUGGGCUGCGUUUUGGGGACCUGCCAGGUGCAGAACCUCAGCCAUCGGCUCUAUCAGCUCAUUGGCCAGAACGGUAGAGAAGACUCCUCCCCCAUCAAUCCUCGGAGCCCCCAUAGUUAUGGAUGAUCUAUUUAGCAUGCCUAGCCUCCCCACAGCAAGCCUAUCUAUUCUUAUUUACUCUUAUCUCUUAAUGUAAAUGUCUCUUAAUGUUAGUAUUUACUUUAGAAUUUAUUGUAGUCCAAAACUUUUAUUUAUCUACCUGAAAAUGACUUCUUAAAUUACUGACUGGAAGAAUGCUCUUUGAAGUCCACAGUUUGAUUCCUCCAACCACACCAAGAACAUUUGACUUUUAAAGAAUGUUAGGGUCACUUCAGAAAAGAGGCAUGUUUAUUCUAUUAAGAGGGGAUGCAUCUCUUCAACCUUAUCACUGUGCCUUAUCAAUGUGAUGGGAACUGACCUCUCCAAGCAUGAUAAAAGUUCAACCCCUAAUGUGGAUUUCACCCUCUCCAAGAGCCCCAUUAAAUCCAGUGACCUCAAGUGGUGACACGGUGAAUCCUCUCAAGGUCUUUUUGUUAUUCCCUCUUUACACCCACAAAGUCUGAACUCCAGCUCCUUUCACAGCGACAAUCCCACUGAGUGCACAUUCCCAUGUCCACAACAGACUGUGAACUUUCAUCAUUGUUCCAAAAAUGUCCUUCACCAAGUCUUUAUAUUUCCAAACCACCGUUUAUGACUCAAACCAGCUACUGUAAUUGGGUUAGUGCACUCAGGCACUUCUUAACCACACAAACGCUGAAAAAGAAGUAGACGGCGAACAUCCAGCGUCUGUGGAGGACACAAAUGGAGUUCCUGAGGGAUCAGUUUCAGCAUUGCAUUUGUUGGUCAAACCAGGAUGUGGUGAAGUGAACCGUGGAGCUGUGGAUUAGGUCUCCCAUUGCACCACGGCUGCUACCCCCCCAAACACCGAGUCUGAAAUGUUAGCCCUUUCCCGUGAUUCAUAAGUCAUGACUUUGAGUUGACAGCAGUUUAUUAAACCUGACCUAAUCACUUCAUGGCACAGCGGGUGAGUGGGCCCUCAACCUCCCGCGGUCUGCACAUUCAGCACCAAUACAUAAAUAUAAAGAACAGGGCAUAAGGCUUCCACACGGGCACCUUUGAAGUCUGCAGAUAUUAACUCAGAGUGAAAAGAAAAAUCCCGCCUUCAGUUCACAACAUGAAAAUAUCUUAAAUAGACUGAGCUCGACACUUUAUAGCGAGGGGUCACUCAGGUCAAAGGGGCAUGAGGGACUUGUGGAAAUCCCUUUUUCUGAAGAGAGAAAUGCUCCUAAAUGUGUUUAAAAAUUAUACAAUUUUCCUCUUUAUGACUGUUCAGAUGGUCUUAGGGCAUCGGUUUGCCGCUACAAUCCUUAGUUGUUGCCCUUUUCUUAAAGGAUACAAUGAUGCGUUUAAUAACAGAAAAGCCUUUAAUAAUGAGUCCAGUUUAAAAAGAUGUGUUACAAUAAUUUGCUAUUAACAAUCUGUUCCUUGUGCUCCCAAGAAUAAAAGUAAAAAUUAAUUGAAUACAUUUCUAAAUGUACGUUUUACAAUUUAAAAAAUAGCAAAAUCAACUGUAAUUUUACAAUAAUGCAAUCAAUAAGUAAUAACAUGCAUGUUCAUAAUACAGUAUAAAUACGUGCAUUUACAUGUGUAAUGUAACAGUAACAGUAAUGUCAUAAUGAUAUAGAAAGUUAAGUGGAAUCAUGAAAAGUUUUAUCAAAUUAAGCAAUAAAAAUAAAUCAACAAAACUAUAUGGGUAACAUACUGUUUAAAAUUCAGAUCACAACUAAAUUUUGGGGAACAGUCAAUGUAGAUGAAGCAGAAUCUUCACUGAAACAUAUUGAUGGCUGAUUACAAGAAUGUCAGUCUCAUCGAAAUUUAAUUGGACAGAGUUGUUUGCCAUCCCGACUUUAAUAUAACGUGUUUAGGCCAGAUGGUGCAGCUGGAAUGCAGAGCUGCAUAUCAUCUGCAUAAAGCAUAUAUCAUGAAAAUAUAACAGGACCUAAAAUAGACCCUUGAGGUACACCAAACUUAAUUCUACAUACUGGUGAGAGGAAGUUAUUUAUAGAUGUGCAAAGGAUGUCAAUCAAUGAAGAUGCUACUGUGCUACAAUUAAAAUAUGUAGCGUAUGCACAGAUCUCAUAUUUCCUGUUCUUUCACAUAUGUAAAAUGGGUUUAAAUUAGUUCUGAGAGAACGAUAGCAUUGCAGUUUUUUAAUGAGAUACCGCACAGACCAAAAUGUUAGGUAUAAGAGUGCCUCAUUUCAAAACUGUGCAAAAAGCUGAGACAAGACCAUUUUCGGUAUUUCUGUCUGUCUCAGAAAUUGCGGACGGAGGAUUGUGUGAGAAUAACUGAGGUCAAGCUCCUCACAUCGAGCUUAAAUUUGUCUUAAACCUACAGAACAUGCAGCCACAGUUAAAAAUUCACUAUUCCACGUCAGGUCUAUAUUAGUAUUUUGAAGUAUUUCACACUACAAAUGUAGGCCUUUCUAUCUAACUUUCUCUCUCUUGUUCUAUUUAUUAUUAUUUUUUAACUUUUCUGGUUUGGUGAUUUUUUUAUUUUUUAUGAUACAGUAUUUCUUAAAAAGAAGUAGUCUUAACUCACCAUAUCCCUGACAAUACUUGACAAAACCAAUGAGUCUCCAGUAUGUGAUUUACAUCAUUAAUUGUAUGGAUUUUUUUGUUAUUGUUUUAAAUGUUUUGCUUCACAAUUACUUUUUAAUGAUUUUGCUUUACGGUUUAUUAUUUUUUUUCCCGUCUAUAGUAGCCCUUCUGUGUAAUGGUGAAGGUCUGGACGGGGUUGUCACUGGGUGCUGGUUCAGUCUUGACCCGUCCAGAGACUUGCUGAGGUGAACCUUGCCAAUCCAUCUGCUGUAACAGUACUAAUCGAUUUCUGGUGAUGGAUCAUUAAAAUGCUUUUGAAACGCUGCAAAUUCUGGUGCAUUUCUGUACUUUUUAAAAGUGUACUAUUGCUCACAUAUUCUUUGUGUGUGUGUGUGUGCUUAUGUUCAGGGCACUGUGUUUGAUCAAUGUGCUGCCUUUUUUUGUGCGUACUGUUUUUUGUGACGUCAGUGUUACGUCACUAAUUCGGCUGAGCAAACUGUGCCUAAUCACGAGAGAUAAAAUACUGCAUUGCCAGGAAUGUGUGCACACUAGACAUACUAAUAGGGUGUAAAAAUGUUGAUGUGUUAGUGCUGUACCAUGCAGUAGACGUUUAAUUUUUUUUUUUUCCAUUUGAAAGUCACAUGAUCUCUUUUAGGGUCAAAGGAAA